AUGCUGCAGAGAUACUGGGACGGGAGGAGGAAUUGGUUGCAGCUACGGUCAGGGCUUAAAGUGCAGCUGGACGGGGAGGCGCCAACAAGUUUCCUGACGGCGCUGGUCAAGAGUAGGAAGGCAAGGACGGGGAUAAAAGAGCUGGUGAGAAAUGGGGUCAGUCACACAGACGCACGGGAUAUACUGGAAGCGGCUACCUGUCACUUCACAGAGGCGUUCAACGAGGUACCGGCAGGUGUUGCAGAGCCAAGUCUGGAGUGGUUGCCGAGGAACACGUUGGAUGAAGCGGCCGUAGCAAGCCUGUCGCUGGAGUGGUCGGAGCAGGAGGUCAAACAGGCGCUCAAGGAGUUGGCUAACGACAAAUCACCAGGUCGUGUUGGCUUUCCCAAGGAGCUUUUCCAGCGGCACUGGGAGCUGCUACGGGAGCCAGUGAUGAAGAUGAUCGGAGAGUUCACUGCAACAGGGAAGCUACCAGACGUGGCAAACGAGGCGGUCACAAUUUUGCUGUACAAGAAAGGUGCGGAGACGGAUAUUAAGAAUUACAGGCCGAUUACACUGCUUCCAGGGGUGUAUAAACUGCUGGCAAAGGUGGUAGCGACGAGGAUGAAGGCGGUGCUGGGACAGGUGAUUUCAAAAGAGCAGUACGGUUUCUUACCGGGGAGGAGGUUAACGGAUGCGGUGUCGAUGGUAGCCGAUAUGAUUGAGGCGGGCCGGAACGAAAACAGUGACUGGUACCUUCUUCUGAUCGACUUCGAGAAGGCGUACGAUUCAGUACGCAGGGGCUUUAUGGUGGAAACGGUCGCCAAGCUGGGUUUCCCGCCAAGAUUUGUACGGUGGAUAGAGGCCCUGCACAGCGACGUUCACACAAGGCUGUGUGUUAACGGUUGGGUGGGAGAGAAAAUCGAGAUGAAGAAGGGGGUGCGUCAGGGUUGCCCACUGGCGCCGUACCUUUUUCUGUGCGCAGUGGAGCCUUUGUGCCGGCUCGCAGAGGGAAGAAAACUGGGAAUCGGGGAGGGUAGUUGCGACCGGCUGUCCUAUGUGGGGGGGAAAUCUGCGGUCCUGCCGAUAGGGAGAAACGUGGGACAGCAGGCACCUGAUGACAUGGAGUACAAGUGGGUGGGGGCAAAUGAGUUUGAGAGGCUUCUCGGUGUAUGGAUUUCACCAGGGAGAGAAGCAGAUGCAACCUGGGAAAAGGCCUUUGACAGAGCAGCAGGGGAGCUGAGCAAGUGGAGUACUAAAUAUCUUACGACUGGAGCACGCGUGACCGUUAUCAACAGCUAUGUUCUUCCAAUCUUCCUGUUUCAAGCGCAGGUGUAUCCACCGGAUGACCUGUUGUGGCGCAGGGUAGAAAAGCUGAUUGAAAACUUCGUGUCCGGUAACCACGCUGAUACGGAACGGCACUUCAGACUCUGGAGCGGGGACCUGAUAUACACGCCAAGGGAGCAAGGGGGACUGGGUGUGAUAGAUCCAAGGGGGAGAAUCGACAGUGUGGCGUUGAGAUGCGCGGGCCUGGCGCUGCAGCAGGAAUGUUCACUAAGAAGAGGUUUGUCGGAGAAAGCGGCAGGCCUGCCUCUUGGGUGGGCGACGCUGUAUGCGCACAAGGCGGUGUUAAGAGGAGGCUUGUUUAAAAGCAGGAGGUGGGCACGGCUGUGCAAAACUUUUUUAAAGUCGACGGUGGUAACGGUACCAGAGGCGGCAUCUAGGUGGGAAGCAGAAGAGGAGUUUCUCUAUUACAACAGAUGCAUCAUUCAUCGCGGUAAUGCACCGUUCGGUGGACAAAAGGGCACUGAACGGCUGAGAUCAUGGCGUAUGCGGGACAUGGUUCUGAGGAAAUGGGAUGGCACCAGGACGCUUAAGCCGGAAGCGACGUUGGUGAGGGAGCUGGGCGGAAGCAAGGAGGCGGAGAUGGCGCUGAAGGCUUUCAACGCGGCACCAGAGCGGUGGCGGCAGUGGGUUUUGGCGCCGUUAACAGCAGAGGAGGUUGCGGCAGAGUCACCGGUGGUGUGCACCAGGCUACCAGUGGUUAAUGCUGUCAAGUCGGCGCUCAGCAUGAUGCAGCCAGCAAGGCGGGCUGACAGGCUGGCAGAUUUUGUGUUCGGAGAGGAGGAGACGAAGUCUGGAUUUCCCGAGGCUACAAUGGUGGCAGUGGCGUUACAUCAGGUUUGGUUGGGAAGGUGUGAUGUGUCGCUCCGAAAGGUGAAAAGGUUUCAGGCACGGAAGGUGCUCAGGAGGAUCAACGUCGAAUUCAACAAGCAUGCAAGAAUCUACUGUGGCACGCCAAGAAGGAGGGCACGAAAAGAUAAGGCGAGGUGGAACUUGGCGGAGGAUGAGGCACGUGUCAUGCGGCGGAUAUGUGUCAGCGAGGUGGUGGGGCUGAAGUGGCAAGGCGGUUUCCAGUCCAUCUGGUCGAACCCGAGAACCUUCGUGAAGCCACCGUAA